CACAAGUAAGUCCUUGGCUCUUUGGGAAGUAAGUUGUUUCUAGUCUCUCAUAUCAGCAAAAACAGUUUUCACAUUUCAGAGUCCAUGGCCGAUAAAUCUACCAACAAUAUUGAGUUGAAGGUCUUGGUGGACAAGGAGAGUAACAAAGUUAUCUUCAUAGAGCCUGAGAAUGAUUUUGUUGAUGUUCUCUUCAGUUUCAUGACAAUCCCCAUGGGAACAAUUAUCAGGCUUGCACGUAAACAUUCAGAUCCUGUGGUAAUAGGUUGCAUGAACAACUUGUAUGCAAGUGUUGAGAAUAUUGAUGAACAAAAAUUUUGGAUUGAUAUAUGUAAGGACAUGUUACUGCAUCCCUGCAAUGCAGCCGAUCACCAUUGCAAUUUGCUAAAAUUGAAACUUGACGAUGCUGAGCCAAGGCGCUACUUUAUGUGCUGGUAUACUAGUUCAUGUAAGUUUUUAAGUUAUGACAGGAAUACCAGCAGUCCUUGCCACGGAGGAGUUAUGGAUCGGGAGAAGAGUCUUCGGUUGGACCCUUCUCAAGUUGGAAAUGUCUUUGUGAAAGGAGAAAUCAGGUUUACAGUUACUGAUGAUUUACAAGUGAUUCCCCCAAUUGCGUCAACCAAUUAUGUAUUUACUAAGCUUGAUGUCAUGGAUGUGGAUGCUACUGAGGAGUUGACUAUCAAUAUUGGAACUGUUGAGAUGUUGAAUUUGCUCAUGACCUCUUUGGUGUCAAAGACACCUUUGACUGAAACCCUGUUGAAGCCUAAACAAGAACCAAAACUGAGCAGCAGUAAAAUUAUUAAUCAAGCAAUACAUAUUGAAUCUCAAAUGUUCGGAGACCCAAUGGAUGGUGAUGAAGAAGGUAAGAUUUCUGUGAAGCUUGUGGUCAGCAAAUCUAAGAAGAUGGUCUGUUACGCAGAAGCGGGGGAGGAUUUUGUUAGUUUACUCUUCAGUUUCCUAACUCUACCUCUUGGGUUUAUAUUAAAAAACAUGAAGGAUGGUUCCUUGAGAGGUUGCAUUAGUCAUUUGUACAAAACUAUCCGGGAUUUGGAUGGUCAAUACAUGAUUUCAAACCACCACAAUGAAAUGAUACUCGAUCCCAAACUUGUUCCUGGCUUUUGCUACAAGAACAGUCUUUUAGGAAUUGAGGAAACCUCAUAUUACUUAGUAAAUAAUAUGUUGACUACUGAUAGAUCCCUUAUCUCAACGGAACCAAGUCAACUCAAAGUGAUUGGGAAAAAGGAUGACAGUGCUCUGGGAUUUCUGAAGGGACCCGCAAUGUUUGUGGUAACUGACAAUCUGGUUGUAAGACCCAUAUCUCGGAUCCUUGAGCUGCAUAUUCUUAAAGAUUUGAAUGUGCCUGUCACUGACAUUGAGGAUCAGAUUGUGCAUGUGGGUAAGAAAGAGGCUUUGCAUCUUUUGUUGUCUUCUUUUCUUUGUGACUCUGUUCUGACCAAUACCUUCGUUGCGGAUCUUAGGGAGCCAAAGCAAGAACAAUGAGAGAAUGGUUCUACUUAAAAAGAAGAGGUUGGCUUUGUUGUUACUACAUAAGAAUUCUAGUAGGCUAUUGAUGUGAGAUUAACUUUUGUGUGUACAUGGUAUGACCUGCAUACAAGGUUUGCCAUUUGAUCAUUUUGGGCUGUAAGAAACGUGUACUAUUUUGCUA